UUAUUGGAUACAAUGAAAUGGAGUGGAACCAAAGUUCGUUUUGGGAAUAAUCCAAAGUCUCAGAGCGACGACAGGUUGGCCAGAACCAUCUUUGUGGGAAACGUACCUUUGCAAACCAGACGUGAGAAACUUAUCAAGUUUUUCAAGAAUUGUGGACCUAUUGAAAGUGUAAGAUUCCGUUCUAUUCCAGUGAAAAAUGUCAAACUCCCUAAGAGAGCUGCAGUCCUUUCUGGUGAGAGGCUACCUGAGAGGGAUUCCAUGAACGCGUAUGUUGUGUUUGAAAACAAAGUUGCGGUAGAUAUUGCCUUAUCCUUGAAUGGAAGCGUAUUUCAAAAUAAGCACUUGAAAAUUGAUAGAGAUGAACGCCCUACUGUUUCAGUUGGUUAUUGUAUUUUUGUGGGAAAUCUGCCUUUUGACGUCGAAGAUGAGCAAGUAUAUGAAGUUUUCUCCAAAAUAGGCUCUGUUAAAUAUGUUCGGAUUGUUAGAGACAAACAUACUGGGUUUGGAAAGGGUUUUGGUUACGUAUGUUUUAAGGAAUCUAUUUCCGUUAUUGCUGCAGUGAGAAUGAAUGGAUCUGUGCAAGUGAAAGACAGAGUUGUUAGGAUAUUUCGUUGUAAAAACUCUGAAAAGUUGAAUAUACAACGAACUAGCCAAAAGUACAUUCCGGAAAAUAGAAAACAGGAGAAGAAAAGGAAAAAACGAGGGAAGAAGGGAUUGGAGAGUUCCAUAAAGAAAAGUAAGAAAGGAAUGUUGAAGAAAAAGAUAGAGACAGCAUAAAUCAUGUAUGACAGUUCAUAUCGAGAGUUGGAGAUAGUCCCGUUCUUUUGUUGUGCAAUACUUACACUAGGCCAAAGUUGUAACAGACAAUGUGGGUAGUUAUUCGUUCGACUACUUUUAAAUACAUAUUCCAGAAACUAGAAAAAAUACACAAAUAGUUUGAGAAUAACUGGCUAGAGAUGGUCAAUCACGCUACUUUCAAACCAGUCAUGAAAAGUUUCCAUAGUCACCCCAUUCGUUUCCAAUAAAGGUUGUUGGAACUCAUCCAAUAUAGGAGGAACUGUCUGGUUUCCCUUGGUGAGAUCCAACAAAGUGUCUCUAAUAGGUUGGUGAAUAUCAUCCUUCGUAACUGACUGAGGGCUUUUCUCUGCUUCCAAGCUAUGAAUGAAACUUUCUUUUGGAAUAACUUGGUUAUAGCUUGACUUGUUACUGAAUUCUUCGACACCAUUCACUCUUGCUUCGAGGUUCCUUGCUCGUUCUUUCACUUGGGUCAACAACGAAAACAAGUCAUCCAUAUUCCGCAAUUUACGCUUUCUGCCCGUACUCUUCGCACAGUUUGACAUAGCUACCGUAUUUUUGUUUGAACAAGCUGUACUCUCCAACUUGUUGCGGGACAUGUAUUCGUCUCAAUGAUGGAGACAGAUCGAGCAAAGUGAAUGAAAAGUUGAUUGAUUGC